UGGACCCCAAGUGGGUUAAGCCUAAUCUGAAGAAUAGCGAGCGCACGCGACUGGCAGCGCCAGCGGGCAGCGUCCUCCAACAUCUCCUCGACCGCGUUGCGCGAGGCCGCGCAAAAUCAAUACCGCGACGCCCCUCGGAGAACGUCGCGGCGCAUCGACUCCCGGUCAACGUAGGCCGUGCAUGUGCUUUCGACAUUCGUGGAAUGAAGAGCUGGAGUCAGUGUGUCGCCGCCGCCGAGUUAAACAGACGUCGCCAGCUUCGCCACAGAGUGACCGCUUCCUCGUGGCCGGCCGUGCCGUAACAAGCGAUGCUCCGGGACCAUGACGCCGCCUCCAACGGUCGAGAACGACUUGGAGGAGAUCGGAGAGUGGCUGGAGAAGAACCCGGAUGCCUUGGAGAGGUGGUUGAAAGACCAUGCCUCUCAAGAUCUGAAACAAAGGGUCCAGAAAGCUUUGUUACCGGAAAAAGGGCACAUAGCCAAGAACUCGAAUAUUUCAUCUGAUAUUUUUCAACUCUGGUUGGCCGCCUCUCCUGCAAACAAUAAUCAACAUUUGCAAAAUGUCCGUCCUGAGCAAGACUAUGAAUCUUUGGAGGAAUCUGAAUUAUUCAUGGAACUCAUCCGUGAUGUAGCUAAUGAAUUAGACAUUGACGUACUCUGCUACAAAAUUCUAAAAAACGUCAGUAUCCUCACCCAUGCCGACAGAGGCUCCCUCUUUCUGGCACGAACAAAUGGAGAAGAAAAGUACCUGUUAGCUAAAUUAUUCGAUGUUAGACACGAUUCCUCCUUCGAAGAAGCCAUCAAACUGUCACGGUCCGAAGAGUUGAAAAUUCCUUUCGGCAUCGGAAUAGCUGGAGCCGUUGCUCAAACGAAAAAACUUAUCAACAUAAAAGAGGCUUAUAAGGAUCCUCGGUUUAACAACGAAGUGGAUCUUCGAACAGGCUACAGAACGAAUCUCAUUCUCUGUAUGCCAAUAUGUAACUACGAAGGCGACGUCAUCGGAGUUGCCCAGAUUAUCAACAAAACGAACGAAUCUCAGGAGUUUACGCCGCAAGAUGUGGAAGUAUUUCAGCGAUAUUUAACUUUCUGCGGUAUCGGCAUUCAAAACGCACAACUCUUUGAAGUUUCUGUGUUGGAGUAUAAACGAAAUCAGAUUUUGCUAAACUUGGCGCGAAGUAUUUUCGAGGAGCAGAGCAACCUCGAGUGUCUCGUCACGAAAAUAAUGAGAGAAGCUCAAGAUUUGUUGAAAUGUGAACGAUGUGCUGUCUAUUUACUGGACUUGGAUUGCUGCGAAGCGAGUCACUUGGAGCGCAUCCUAGAAAGGCCAGGGAAGUCCCAGGAACGAUAUGCUCCUUUGACUCGAGUUGAAAGCGGCAACUUGACAGCGGAAGACAUGCGAGAAAACGGAUUACGGAAACCGAGCGUAUUUACUACCGUGUUUGAACUGAGAGAAUGCGGAACGCAGACUCUGGUUUCUAGUAACUAUACAUCUGCAGUAGCUUCUUCAUUUGAAUUAACAAACAAAAUUAGUAGACCAUCUUCAUAUGAUUUGGCGACGUCAACGCUGGCACAGAUAGCAGGCUAUGCGGCCUCAACUGGUCAAAUUUUAAACGUUGGUGAUGUCAGAUCAUGGUUGAAGGAGCAACAUAACGAAGGAGAUGCAGAAACCGCUAGAACUAUUCUUUGUAUGCCUAUUAUUAAUGGAAAACGAACUUUAAUAGGCGUCGCUCAACUAAUCAACAAAGAAAACAACGCUCCGUUUACAGAAUGCGACGUUUCCUUAUUUGAAGCAUUUGCCAUCUUUUGCGGUUUGGGUAUUCACAACACCCAAAUGUACGAGAAUGCCUGCAAGCUGAUGGCCAAGCAAAAAGUAGCUUUGGAAUGUCUGUCAUAUCACGCUACAGCCAGCAACGAAGCGACCGAAAAGUUGGUUCAGGAAGAUAUUCCAUCUGCGGGUUGCUUCAACUUGUACAGUUUUACUUUUAUUGAUUUCGAAUUGUCUGAUGAUGACACUUGUAAAGCUACUCUUAGGAUGUUCUUGGAGUGUAAUUUGGUGCAACAGUUUCAUAUACCGUAUGAGGUCCUGUGUCGAUGGAUAUUGAGUGUGAAGAAAAACUACAGACCUGUUAAAUAUCACAAUUGGAGGCACGCACUCAAUGUCGCUCAAACGAUGUUUGCCAUGUUUAAAACCGGAAAAAUGGAAAGGUUUAUGAGCGAUCUAGAGAUCCUGGGCCUUAUAGUAGCUUGUCUGUGUCAUGAUUUGGACCACCGAGGGACUAAUAAUGCUUUUCAAAUGAAGACAGACUCACCUUUGGCCGUUUUGUACUCUACAAGCACCAUGGAGCAUCAUCAUUUCGAUCAGUGCGUUAUGAUCCUCAAUACCGACAGCAAUAAUAUUUUUCAAGCGUUAAAUCCUGAUGAUUACCGUAAAGUAAUGAGAAUAGUAGAGACUGCAAUUUUGUCGACUGAUUUGGCUAUGUAUUUCAAAAAAAAGAACAAAUUCCUAGAGCUUAUCGACAAUGGAGAGUUUGACUGGCAAAGUGAUGACAAAAAAGAAUUACUAUCAGGCAUGAUGAUGACAGCGUGUGACGUCAGUGCCAUAGCAAAACCAUGGGAUGUGCAACACAGGGUAGCCAAAUUAGUCGCAGACGAAUUUUUUGACCAAGGAGAUUUAGAAAAACUGCAGCUAAAGGAACAGCCGAUAGCACAAAUGGAUAGAGAACGAAAAGACGAGCUUCCUCAAAUGCAAGUUGGUUUCAUCGAUGUUAUCUGCCUUCCACUCUACAGAGUGCUAUCGGAAACUUUUCCAUGGAUGAAACCAUUAUACCAAGGAACACUCGAAAAUCGCCAGCACUGGCAAGAUUUAGCGGAAAAGGUUGAAAUGGGUUUAACAUGGAUAGACCACGAUACGAUCGAUAAACCCGUUGAAGCUUUUACAGAUCCCGAAGAGACCAAAGAUAUCGAGCUAACUGUCCAAACCCUCCAUACAGUGACGUCUUCUGCUCCAAUAGAAAUCAAAAAGAGGCACAAGCACAAAUUCUGUUGCAUAUUGUGACGAAAAGUGACAACAAUAGUAAACGUGUAGAGAGUUAUUUUGUAAAUUUAGAUCAAAAAUCAAUAAGAAUGCUCAUACUUCACAUUCCUUCAUAUAUAUUCUCGAUAGAUAUUUUAUAUAAAAAAUAUAACUGGAUAGAUAGAGGGUCAGAUAUUGAGCCUCCUUGUGUGCAAAUACAUUUUUCUUUAAAAUGAGUGAUUCUUUAUAGAAAGGUAUUUAAAUCAGAAAAAAGUUUAUCUAGCUUUAUGGAACCACUUUUUAUUUUCAAUUUAAAUAACUUUUGGUAAGAUUUAUUUAUGCGAUUGUGUUUUUUACAUUAUCAAUUAAAAAAAAUAUAAUAUGUCCCUAAUAUACAUUUAUUUUAAUUAAAAUUGAGUAUAAUUAUAACGUAAUAUGUAAUUUAUAAGAUGUUAUUUAAAAUGUUUUGUGUUAAAAAAAUGUUUGUAGGAGGAUUUGCAUUAAUAUGUGGCCCAUUGUCUCAUUGGUGAUGUUGUAAAAUGUAAUUAAAAGACAUUUUGUAACUUGAUAUUUGUAAACCAAAGUGUAUAUAGGAAUUUUAUUUAAAUAUUAGGAUAAUCUAAAAACUUUCUAUUCCUUUAUCUAUCUAUUUUCUAAUUUCCUUCCUAAAAGACUUUCUAAGCUAGUAUUUACGUUGAAAAAUCUGAAUACAAAAAGAUCUCAUUACUAAUUUUUUGUAAACUUUUAAAUAAAGAACUGUAACUCGAGUAAAAUUGUCUUAUUGGACCUCAAAUCAAUUUAAG